UGAAAUUGUGAAUCGCCUACGCUACAAUUUUCUCUUUAUCGCUCAGUUUGUAAGCAUUCUCAUCUCAGUAGGGGAGCAAACAUAUUAUCAACUUGACCAGUGACUAGGCAUAUCGCAUAUCGCCACUAAAUAUUAGUAAACUGAAUAUUAUUCCAGCUGCAAACAUUUAGAAUCAGUGGAAGAAUUCAGUAGCGAAGUGGAAGAGAGUGAAAGCAGUGGAUUGGAAUAAUCGGACUUAGGUACCAAAACUAGCUAUCAGGAUGUUCCUGUUGCGUCUCCUGUCUCGUCCGGCCGCUGCAUCUAACAGGACAGCCGCAUUUGGCCUUUUCGGAACGGCCAUGGUGGCAAUAAAUUUGCUCUCAACAUCGAGUGUUCUGGCAUGCCCUUCGUCCCAAAGCAAACAACCACUGAAAACGGAAGCUGGCACCACACCUGCCUCGGUGUACGACUUCAGCGCAGUGGACAUCGAUGGCAACAAGGUGGAUUUCGAACGUUACCGGGGCCACGUGCUCAUCAUCGUCAACGUGGCGUCCAAAUGUGGCUACACCAGCGGUCACUACAAGGAACUGAACGAACUGUACGAGGAAUACGGUGAAACGGAAGGCCUUCGCAUCUUGGCGUUCCCGUGCAACCAGUUUGGCAACCAGGAACCGGGUACCAACGAGGAGAUCAAACACUUCGCCCGGGACCAGAAGGGAGCCAAGUUCGACCUGUUCUCGAAGAUCUACGUCAACGGAGACGAAGCGCAUCCGCUGUGGCAGUUCCUGAAGCAGCGCCAGGGCGGUACACUGUUCGAUGCCAUCAAGUGGAACUUCACCAAGUUCAUCGUGGACAAGAAGGGGCAACCGGUGGAACGGCACGGACCGCAGACCAGCCCGCUGCAGUUGCGGGAUAAUUUGAAGAAGUACUUCGCCCAGUAACGUGUUGAGAGCUGCCAUUUCACGCGAGAACCACUUUUUAUGACUUGUUUUUUUUUCAUACUCGUAACACGGGUGAACACAAUUUAAAAUUCAACGUAGUUCAUCCUCCAGAUAAAUAAAUGAUUUCCUGGUAUUAUGCUAUGUUAUGUAACAUUCAAUAUAAUAAACCAAGCAUUUGAGACGGUUUUCACAUA